CACACUCAGUUGAACUGGCAGCUGCUGCCGCUGCUUCUAGAAAGAGGAGUGUGUGUGUGUGACUCCACUCCAGGGAGAGUAGACAGAAACAUUUCCAGAGCUAUACAAGGAGAGAAUCUGUACAGGAGGGGAGAACUCAACAGGAGUCGGUUGACAUUGGGAUAUUAUGCAUAACAGCGGCACUGGGACCUACAGUUUGACCCCACUGCUGUCUCUGGCUCCACACCCACCACGCCCGGCCACCUAGAUGUGUGAAAAGCAAUGCUCGGCACCCUGGGGACGCUGGAUGAGUCUUGAGUAACUAUGAGGACGGCUGUGUGUGAGUCAGUAACAACAGGAGUGUGAGUGACUUGCCGGACGGAGGCGAUGGUUUCCGGGAGGCUCCUCAUGUGAUUCUCCCUGACACACCCAUGCCUCCUGCUCCAUGUGGGAAACCUAGGAUGGAACACACACACUGCUAUGCACAGUCACUGGGACAGCUGCCUGUGCAACCACUCUUUCACACACUCUUGACACACAUCACCGCCGCCACCACCACUCAGACUUGACAGAGGAAGAACCCUGGAAUUUUCCAGAACCAAUUUUCCGGUAUGUUUGUGAAUCUUCGGCGGAUCCGCAAGUGCCAGUGCUUGCAGCUAAUGACCACGUGCCUGGUGCUGUCGGUGGUGAUGGUGUGCUGGGAUGGCAGCGUGAUGAGCCACGUCAAGGCCUACUCCUACCGCUACCUGGUCAACCGUUACACCUUCAUCAACAAGAGCUUCACCAUCCCGCGGCAGGAGGCCCACAUGUUCAGCAACCACCGCUACCUGCUCAACCACCCGUAUAAGUGCUCAGGAGAGAAGAAUGUUUUACUGCUGUUGCUAGUCAAGUCCUCCCCAGAGAACAUCGAGAGACGGCGAGCCAUACGGUCGACGUGGGGCAACGAGACCUACAUCCGCCAGACCCUGGGGGUGACGGUGAAGGUGGUUUUUGUGCUGGGCCUCCCCAAGCAGCAGGAAGCUGCCCAUACUCGGAGGAGCCGAGGGGGCACCCAGGACAACCUUGUCCGUGAAGACCGCUUGAAUGGUGACUUGGUCCAGCAGGACUUUGUGGACUCCUUCCACAACCUAACCCUCAAGCUUCUGCUACAGUUUCGGUGGGCGCACGCCUACUGCCCGCAUGCCCGCUUCCUCAUGACGUCUGAUGAUGACAUUUUCGUGCACAUACCCAACCUGGUGCGCUACCUUCAGGACAUAGACAGGAAGGGCGUUACAAACUUCUGGAUCGGUCGCGUGCACAGAGGCGCGCCACCCAUCCGCCGGAAGGAAAGCAAGUACUAUGUCCCAUACGAGAUGUACCCGUGUUUGGCAUACCCGGACUACACGGCAGGGGCGGGUUACGUUGUCUCUAGAGACGUGGCAAACAAAAUCUACCAGGCUUCGUUGACCCUCAACGCCUCGCUGUACAUCGACGAUGUCUUCAUGGGCAUCUGCGCCAACGCCAUGGGUGUGUUGCCGCAGGAGCAUGUGUACUUCUCAGGUGAGGGCAAGGCGCCCUACCACCUGUGCAUCUACGACAAGAUGAUGACGUCGCACGGCCACGUGGCCGACAUAUACGAACUCUGGAAAGCUGCCACGAAUCCGGAGGUCAAGCGGGUCACGUCAGGACUCUUUGGGAGGUUGUAUUGCACAGCUGUGAAACUCACCCUUCUCUGUAGACCUUAUUUCUUAAACAGCUACCCCUGCAAGGCAGCCUUGUUGUAGUACAGUAAACCUAUGUACUGUGUUUGGUCCAAAAUAGAGCGAGGGAUCAUUUUGUGCCAAAUUUUUCUUUCAUCGGUCUCCCGUCAUUUGAAAAGGAUGAAAGAGGGAAGGCCUGUUUUUUAUGUUGAUGGAGGAAGAUACUCAUGAGUCAUAUCUAUUGCUGUAAAUUUGGGUUUUACAGUGACCUAUCUAUAUGGCUUUAUAGUGACCGUCUAUCUAUAUGGCCAGCAGUGGUCCAAUUCUUGAUAUCUUUACGAUGUAUUGAAGAGCAGAGACUGAAUGUGAUGAAUAAGGAGAUGCUAUCCAGAGAUAAGGAUGACAAAUAGGAUUCUAAGUGAAUUUCCGUGAACAUCUGGUUCCAUUAAACUAAUUGAGAGAAUGGCCUAAAAUUCUGUUAUUCUGUUGGUUAUGCUGCUGUGGUUUAAAACUAACUGUGGAUGGACUCAAUUGGCUCAUUGUCUGUCGUUUCACAGUAAGGUUUGCGAAAGUUAAAAGGAAGAUAUCAUUUAUUUUUUUAAACUUCAAAACGUACCCAAUGUCAAGGAUGCAUUGGAAACUGACAGCAAGCAUUUCAAAUGGAUGUUGGGGGUUAAAGAAGUCUUCAAAACUCUACAGCCAUAAGGUGCCAACUGUCUUAGGUGAAGCAGUACAUUAAUGUGUAGCAUAUGUUUGAGUUAUUAGUGGUGACUAGUGACAUACUGUGCCCGUGGUUGACAUACCCAGACUACAUGACAGGGAUGGGUUACCAUGUGCGAGUGCCAAAAGUGUCUGUUACGAGGUGGAAAAUUCCACAGAGAUUCAAAGUGUUAUACAUAUCAGCUGAUCUCUUAUCAUUAAUGAACAUUUAAAUGAACAUUAAUGAAUUGUUCUGUAAAUUAAAGGAGGAUG